CCCAGCCUCCUCCGGUGCUUCAUCAGAGUGCUGUCCGCGCUUCAGCUCCACUCAGUCGGUCUCUCUGUGUGCGUUCAGUCGGAGCUGCGAGGAAAGAAAACCAGGACAAUAGCAGACAAAAGGUUCACCGUGCAGGACGGAGACAUCUCUUCUUGUCAGGACUUUUUGUGGAGAUCUUUCUGAGAAGGAGAGCUGCAGCUGUGCAUGUUUCAUCCGGAGGGGUAUAAACCCGGAGUGGAGGGUCGCACCGACUACUACUGAUCCUCGAACCCGCCAAGCAGCAGCCCGCCGCCAGCAUGAAGCUCACACAGAGCCCGGUCCUCACUCUGGAGCUGCUGCUGCUGCUGCUGCUCUCCACCCACAUCCAGGUUUCCUCAGCUUCAGGACACUUUGAGCUUCAGAUUUUAACGAUGCAGAACGUUAAAGGGCAGCUGCAGAAUGGCGCCUGCUGCGACGGACCCCGGGACGUGACGGAUCGGCGGUGCACGGCGGACGAAUGCGACACCUACUUCCGGGUGUGUCUGAAGGAGUACCAGCUGAAGGUUUCCUCGGCCGGGCCCUGCAGCUUCGGCACCGCCUCCACGCCCGUGCUCGGUGGGAAUAGCUUUUCUUUACGCAACGCCAAGAGCGACAAAGCCAGGAUCGUGAUGCCGUUCAGCUUCGCGUGGCCGAGGUCGUACACGUUGAUCGUGGAAGCCUUGGACUUCAACAACGACUCGUCCUCCGGCAGCGUCGGCGGGGCGAUGAUCGAGAAGGCCGUCCACUCGGGGAUGAUCAACCCCAGCCGUCAGUGGCAGAGCCUAAAGCACAACGGCCCCGUGGCUCAGUUCCACUUCCAGGUCCGCCUCAGCUGUGACGAUCACUACUACGGCUUCGGCUGCAACAAGUUCUGCCGUCCGCGAGACGACUUCUUCGGCCACUACGAGUGCGACCACAACGGCAACAAGACGUGCCUGGAGGGCUGGUCCGGUCCAGACUGCAACACUGCAAUCUGCAGACAGGGCUGCAGCACCGAACACGGAUCCUGUAAAGUUCCUGGAGAGUGCAAGUGUCUGUAUGGCUGGCAGGGGGAGUACUGUGAUCAUUGUAUCCCUCAUCCCGGCUGUGUUCACGGCAGCUGUGUGGAGCCCUGGCAGUGUCUCUGUGACACCAACUAUGGAGGACAGCUGUGUGACAAAGAUCUGAACACGUGUGGGACGCUGCAGCCGUGUUUGAACGAAGGAACCUGCAGCAACACGGGACCAGACAAAUACUACUGCUCCUGUCCUGACGGCUUCUCCGGAGUCAACUGUCAGAGAGCGGACCAUGCCUGUCUGUCCAACCCCUGUCUGAGUGGAGGAAGCUGUGUGGAAACCAGUCAGGGUUUUGAGUGUCGCUGUUCCCCCGGGUGGACCGGACCCUCCUGCUCCACCAAUGUGGACGAGUGUCUGGUGAACCCCUGCAGUCAUGGAGGAAGCUGUCAGGACCUGGUAAACGGUUUCAAGUGUACCUGUCCUCCUCAGUGGACCGGGAAGACCUGCCUCAUCGAUGCCAACGAGUGUGACGACAACCCCUGCGUCAACGCCAACUCCUGCCGAAAUCUGAUCGGAGGAUACUUCUGCGAGUGCGUCCCAGGUUGGACGGGCCAGAACUGUGACACCAAUAUCAACGACUGUCGAGGUCAGUGUCAGAACGGAGCGACAUGCAAGGACCUGGUGAACGGUUAUAAGUGUGAGUGCGCUCUGGGUUUCGCCGGCGAACACUGCGAGAAAGACGUGGACGAGUGCGCCAGCGGGCCGUGCCUCAACGGUGGCCGUUGCCAUGACGAAGUCAACGGCUUCCACUGCCUGUGUCCACGUGGUUUUUCUGGAAGUCGCUGUCAGUUGGAUAUCGAUUACUGCCUCCACAGUCCGUGUCAGAACGGCGGCCAGUGUUUCAACGUGGCGGCCGACUACAUCUGUAAAUGUCCCGAAGACUUUGAGGGCAAGAACUGCUCGCGUCUGAAGGACCACUGCCGCACAACGCCCUGCAAAGUGAUUGACAGCUGCACAGUAGCGGUGGCAUCCAAUAGCACGCCGAGCGGCGUGCGUUUGAUUUCGUCCAACGUGUGCGGCCCCCACGGGCGGUGUCGGAGUCAUGCCGGCGGACAGUUCAGCUGUGAGUGUGAUGAGGGAUUCACCGGGACAUACUGCCACGAGAAUAUAAAUGACUGUGAGAACGCUCCCUGUCUGAAUGGAGGAACCUGUAUUGAUAAAGUCAGUCAGUAUCAGUGUAUCUGUGCUGACGGCUGGGACGGACCUAUCUGCCAGAACAACAUCGAUGACUGCAGCUCUGAUCCCUGUCAGAACCGCGGCGUCUGUCGAGAUCUUGUCAACGAUUUCUACUGUGAGUGUAACAACGGCUGGAAGGGGAAGACCUGCCACUCAAGAGAUAGUCAGUGCGACGAGGCCACCUGUAACAACGGAGGAACCUGCUACGACGAAGGAGACGCCUUCAAGUGUCUGUGUGCUGCUGGCUGGGAGGGCGCCACCUGUAACAUCGCGGAGAACAGCAGCUGCCUGCCGAGUCCCUGUGAGAACGGAGGAACCUGCGUGGUGGACGGAGACUCUUUCAGCUGCGUCUGUAAGGAGGGCUGGGAAGGCGCCACCUGCAGCCACAAUGCUAACGACUGCAGUCCUCAUCCCUGUUACAACAGUGGGACUUGUGUCGAUGGAGACAACUGGUAUCGAUGUGAAUGUGCUCCGGGAUUCGCCGGCCCAGACUGCAGAAUCAACAUCAAUGAGUGCCAGUCGUCGCCCUGCUCCUUCGGCUCCACCUGUGUGGAUGAAAUCAACGCUUUUCGCUGCAUCUGUCCACCAGGAAGAACCGGCCCCCGCUGCCAAGAAGCGUCGGGGAGGCCCUGUGUGGUCGGAGGGGCGGUGGCUCUGGAUGGAAGCAGAUGGGACGAAGACUGCAACAGCUGCCACUGUCAGAACGGGAGGAUCGUCUGCACGAAGGCAGAGUGCCGUAGCCCCACCAACCGGGCCCCGCCCACAACCAGGUGUCACUCCGAGAGCAGCUGCGCCAACGUCACCUUCACCUUCAACAAGGAUGUCAUGGCACUGGGUGUGACGGUGGAGCAGGUUUGUCGUGAGCUCAGGAGCCUCUACGUCGUCAAGAAUCUGUCCUCCGACUCGUCCGUCUCCAUGACCUGCGAGCCGUCGCUCAGCACCAACAAGGAGAUCCACGUAGCCAUCUCGACAGAGGACCAGAGGAGAGGUCUGACCUUUGUCAAGGAAAUAACAGACAGAAUCAUGGAUUUGGUCAGCAAGAGGAGCGCCAACAGCACCAUCAUCAGCGCCAUCGCCGAGGUUCGGAUCCAGAGACGACAGAGCAACCCCAACGCAGACUACCUCGUGCCCCUGCUGGUUUCCGCGGUGAUCGUUGUCUGGGCGUUGGCGAUCGCCUUGAUGUUGCUGUGGUGCGUGAGGAGGCGGAGGAAGCAGAGCUCCCACACGGGGGUCAGCACGCAGGCAGCGUUGGCGUCGGCGUCUUUGGCACCGGCAGCCGAGGACAACAACGCCCUCCAUAACAGCGUCAGCACCGCCCGCGAGCAGCUCAACCACAUCAAGAACCCCAUCGAGAAAAACACACCGAACCAUCAACACCACCAACUACUCCUCCAUCACCACCUCUGCGAGGACAAGAACACCGUCAACGCCAAGAUCAGGAAGUCGGACACUGGGAGCCAAUCAGAGGAGGAUGAGGUGGAUAAGAGGCUGCAGAAGGCGAGGUUCCCCCGAGCACCGCCGGCGUACUCGCUGGUAGACUGGGAGGAACAAUCCCCCCACCAUACUACAGGCAAAACCCCACACUGGACUAGCAAACAGGACAACAGGCAACUGCAGUCACAGAGUGUGAACAGGAUGGAGUAUAUUGUAUAACCAACGGGGCUCAGAAUGACUGGAUGUCCACAGAGAUCAGAACCCCUCCCCUCUCCCCUCCCCGGUGGUGGACUUUUUUUAUUUGUCUUUUUUAUGUCGUUCUUCUUUUGAUCAGGACUGAAUUUCCAGAUGGAUUUUUUGUUUAAUUUAUGACGCUGGUCUGAACGGUCCACUGCGGUUGGCUGGAUCUCCGAGUUUGUGGACGCCUUCGUUAAGGACAGAAUUUGGACGUGCCGGAACGUUCCUAAAAGACUUGCGUGCACGAUUAGCAUCUUUGAUUAAAGAAUGAGUUUUGUUUUUGAAUGUGCUGUUGCCUUGUUGCACCACAGCACCAGACCAAUUUGGGAAAAAAGAAAUAUUUAUUUUGUUUUUUUUGGGGGGGAUAUUUGAGUCAAUAUGAAGAAUCGUCCACGUAGAAUGUUUCUGUAUAGAUGUGUAAAUAUUUUUUAAUUAAUCAUUGUGUAUAUUUGAUUUAUUAAGUUAAUCGUCAAGAGCCUUAAGAUAUUCCUUUUUUUAAUUUAUGAGUAUUGUUUCGAGUCGAGGCUUUGUAAGCUCAUGACUUCUUGAUGAAAAUAUUUUUUUUUUUGAUAUUUUUAACGCCAAAAGUGUUCUUUAAAGAAUAGUUUAUUUUUAGCCUUUUGGAUUUGGGCAUUUUUUGUGCCUCAACUAAAUGUUUUGUACAUUGUUUUGUUGGUAUGUUUACCAGGAUGUUCUGUUGUAAGCACUCAACGUGUAAAUGGAGAGGUUGCGGGAUGAAUGAUGGGUGGUUACAGAGACAGAUUUUGCUGCUGCAGAGUCUUUUUAUACAAACCAACAUAGUGGCAGAUAUAUUGCUUUUGCUACUGAAAAUAAAUUCUUCAAGGAACGCAACGUUUUUUUUUAUUAAUUUGUACAUUUUGUACAGUUUAAAAAAAGAGUUGAGAACAGGCUUUCGAUCCUGUUUCCAUGUUUGUACCAAUCUGAAAGAUCAAACCUGCGUAAUUAAAGGAGCCCUGUGGAGUUUUCUUGUAAAGUUUUAAAGUUUACAUUCAGUGUUACUCAUCGUGUGAAAACUAACAAAAGAUCAGAAACUCCACAGGGAUCCUUUUAGGAAGAACUUGAAGAGAGUUCAACAAUAACUUUGUUACAUGUUACCUGUUGUUGAUUGGAGGAUGAAGAAAGGCUGUGAAACCAUGUUUGAUUCCAGUCGUCAGCCCCUUUAGUUUAUGAUGGAAGAAUAAAUAAAACAUGUUUUUCUCGUACAUUUCACUUUAGUGGUUUUUGGACCUUGACAAAUAAAAUUCUUUGUGUUUGUUACUGGCAA